GUAAAUGGGCUUGAAAUAACGGGCCUUCCCUUCAGAGUUGUUCGGCUCUUCUUCUCCUCCUUCUGCCGGAAAGAGAGAAAAAAACAAAAACAGAAAUGGAGGGCGUGGCGGAGGGCCUAUGGGGGCUGGCGGAUUACCACCAGAAGAAGGGUGAUGUUGGGAAAUCCAUAAAGUGCUUGGAAGCAAUCUGCCAGAGCCAAGUUUCGUUCCUUCCUCUUGUGGAAGUGAAAUCUCGGCUGCGAGUGUCUUCGCUUCUCCUCCGCUACAGUGACAACGUGAACCACGCCAAGUCCCAUCUCGAGCGAUGCCUUCUCCUCCUCAAGUCUAUUCCUUCUUCCUUCGAUCUCAAAUUCAAGACUUACAGUUUGCUCAGCCAUUGCUACCAUCUCCUCGCCUCCUUCGCUCCUCAGCGCAAUCUUCUUCUAAAGGCUCUGGAGCUUUCUUCUUCCGCUCCUCAGGAUGAUGUUUCCGUCCAUCUCUGGUCCUGCAAUUUCAAUUCUCAGCUCGCUAACGGUUUCAUUAUCCAAGCCGAUUUCCCUUCUUCCAUCUCCGCCCUCCACUCUGGCUUCCUUUCUGCUUCUCGCAUUUCUUGUCCCGAGCUCCAGAUGUUCUUCACCGCUUCCCUGCUUCAUGUUCACAUCAUGCAAUGGACCGACGAUUACACUGUUGAAAGCGCCGUCCAACGAUGCGACGAGGUCUGGCAGACCAUUCCUCCCGACAGGAGAGAAAGGUGCCCCGGUUUGCUCUUCUACAACGAGAUGUUGCACGUCUUCUAUCGCCUUAGGCUCUGCGAUUACAAGAACGCUCAACGGCAUGUCGACCGCUUAGACGAGGCCAUGAAUACUCAUUCCCAGAAAAUGCAGGAGAUUCAGCGGCUCACGGAUGAACUUACUUCUUUGAAUCAGAGUCUCUCCCGCAAUGGUUUGCCCUCGAGGGAGAGAUCAGUCCUCUCUGUCAGACAAUCCCAGCUUCAAGAUCGUCUAAACGCUUUGUCACCGUCUUCUUCCACUAACCCUUCUCUGGAGCCUGCGUACUUUGGCAGUACACAGCGUGCAUGGACCGAAAGGCUUCUGCUUUCACCAUCUCCAAUCGACGGCCAGUGGCUGCCUAAAACUGCCAUCUACGCAUUGGUCCAUCUCACAGUUGUCAUAACUGGACGUCCAAAGGGACUCUUUAAAGAAUGCUCAAAACGAGUCGAGUCUGGAAUGCAGAUUAUUCAAGAUGAACUGGUUAAACUUGGAAUUACAGAUGGAGUCAGAGAAGCUGAUUUGCAACAUUCGGCUAUCUGGAUGGCUGGUGUUUAUCUAAUGCUGCUGAUGCAGUUCCUUGAGAACAAAGUUGCUUUGGAGCUUACAAGGUCAGAAUUUGUGGAAGCAGAAGAGGUGGACCAUUUGCCCUUUUAGUUUUUGCAAACCUAUCUUUUUCUUCAAUUCACUCAGAGAUUCAAUCCCGUUCAGUGUUCUACAUAUUUUAACUUAUGAUAUGUUGAGGUUUUAGGGCCUGCUGAAGAUUUGUUCAGAAA